UUUUCAAAGCGGAGACCCGAAACCCCACCAAACCCCCUGUCUCUCGAUCCUCGCGAGUCAGCGCCAUGUCGUCCCCACCACAACCACAGCGGCCACCUACCGCCACUGCCCCGCCCACCGCCACGCCCCCUCCCCCGGCCACCGCUCCCUCGCAGCCCCUGCCGCGCGCCUUCCUCGCCACCUCCACCGCGCCGCAGCGCGCCGCGAACCCGACCCCGACCCCGACGCCGCUCUUUACCGGCCGCCCGCUCAACCCUAACCCUAGCCACGCCUCCCCCGCGCACGGCAUCCUCUACCCCGUCGCCACAUCAUCCUCCAUCCCCGCCACCGCCGCGGCCGUGGCGGCGAACCAUCGCCGCGCCCCCCACGUCGGCGUCGUGUACCCGCGCCCCCACGCCGUUGCUGUCCCCACCGCCCCGCCGUCCCAGCGUCCCCAGGCGACAACGCAGCAGCGGUCCUACGCCGCCGCGCCGCGGGCCGUGGUGGCGGGCGUGACGCCGCGUCCCGAACACCCUCCCCGAGGGGUUCCAAUAGCCCCGCAUCCUCAGCUCAAGGUUAAUGCUGUUCGAGCUGUUACUCCAUCUCUGGCUGUUACUCCAUCUCUAGUUGUUACUCCAUCUCCAGCUGUUACCCCAUCUCCAGCUUUUACUCCAUUUCCUCAGGAGCAUGUCAACACAAAGGAAAGAGAAAGUACCAAAGAAAACGCUACAACUGUGGUGAUCAAUGACCGCAAACCAAAUGACUAG